CGCUCAUGAUCUUCAGCUCGCCAGCUAAUUGAUAUCCAUAUAUUUUCCAUACAGUUGAAAAAGAUCCAAAAAAAGAACGAAAUGAACUGCUGUAUCUGCUUACGCGCAUUGGGCCAACUACGUUGGAAAUGCCUCCAAUGCAAUCAAUCCGCCGAUGUCCACUGUAUUACGGAAUGGUUGUACAGAAGCAAGACUUGUCCAUUGUGUAAGUACCAGUAUUUGGACUGGGAUGUGCAACAAAUCUUAAGUCACGGACAAAGAGCCCAGGACCAAAACAACGAAAUGAACUGCUGUAUCUGCUUAAGCGUAUUGGGCCAACUACGUUGGAAAUGCCUCCAAUGCAAUCAAUUCGCCGAUGUCCACUGUAUAACGGAAUGGUUGUACAGAAGCAAGACUUGUCCAUUGUGUAGGUACCAGUAUUUGGACUGGGAUGUUCAACAAAUCCUAACUGACGGACAACGCACAAUUGACAUCAGUACUCCUUUCCAAGAUCCUAGUUGGGUCACUGAAUUUGACUUCUAUCGAUAACUUUCAAGCUUGGUUUUAAAUCACCUCAGUGGAGAAAGGCAUCAUAGGCAAGAUGAGAACAAUGUAUCCAUAGACCUGUGCCACGAAGAGCCAU